AUGGGAACGUACGAUCCUCCAAGGGUGGGAUUAAUGGGAAGAACUUUGGUGGAAACAGAAAUUGGUAAGGACUUGCAAACAUUUUAUUACAGCCAAACACUUGAUCGCUUCACUAAUAAGCCUGAAAGCUACAACACUUUUCAACAACGAUAUGUGAUCAAUUCAAAGUAUUGGGGUGGUGCUAAUACCAAUGCAUCAAUCUUUGCCUUCUCUGGGGCAGAAUCACCAUUGGAUAAUGAUCUAAAAAGUGUUGGCUUCCACAAAGAAAAUGUUCCUCCAUUUAAGUCCCUUCAAGAUGGCAUCCAAACGAUUGUGAUGGAAUAUGAUGAUACAGGAGCUAACCGUAGGCAAGAGCCUAGAGAUAGACCUGGUAAUUCGAUCCAUGGAGGAAUGUGCGAUCCUCCAAGGGUGAGAUCAAUGGGAAGAACUUUGGUGGAAACAGAAAUUGGUAAGGACCUGCAAACAUUUUAUUACAAGUUUACAACAAAACACUUGAUCACUUCAAUUAUAUGCCUGAAAGCUGCAACACUUUUCAACAACGAUAUGUCAUCAAUUCAAAGUAUUGGGGUGGUGCUAAUACCAGUGCAUCAAUCUUUGCCUUCUUUGGGGCAGAAUCACGUACCAUUGGAUAAUGAUCUAAAAAGUGUUGGAUUUCUCAAAGAAAAUGUUCCUCCAUUUAAGUCUCUUCAAGUUUACAAAGAGGUAUCCAUUAUUGGGGUGGUGCUAACGCCAAUGCAUCAAUCUUUGCCUUCUUUGGGGGCAGAAUCACCAUUGGAUAAUGAUCUAAAAAGUGUUGGCUUCCUCAAAGAAAAUGCUCCAUUUAAGGCUUUACAAGUUUACCGAGAGAUUUCUUCCUAUCCAGGUUUCACGGCAAAUUGGGAAGCAAAGGUCGCUGGAAGAAAUCCUACUCAGACAAAGGCAAAGUUGGAGCAAAUAAAGACUUCGGUUUAUCAUGAGCUCUUAACAUCAUCCUUUCUCUAA